AUGGAAACUAAAGUACCUUUAUUCUGCCAGGGAGAAGAAAAUACCAAUUUAUCAGAUAAUGGCUGUAAUUCAUUUGCAGCCAACUUGCCAUCAAGACAUAUUGACAACAAGAAAGACGUCAGGUUUUCUAAAACAACGCAGAAGAGAAUGUCACAUGAAAUUAGGGGUUUGAGACUAGAAUACAAAAAAAUGAAUGAAACAACAAUAUUCCUGUGUGGAGAAGAAAAAUCCUCUGAUUUUUCAGGAGAAAAAAAGAUCAAGAGAAAGAAAAGUUUUCAAGGACAAUUGCAUACUAAAAGAACUGAGAUUGCCUCUUCCUCAGUGAAGCUGUCGAAGGAGAAGAUGACUAGGGAAGAAAACUCUUUAUUCAAGUUGCCGAAUCAGUACAGUGUUCAUAAGACUUUAUCACCCUUUCGUACAUCUUCCUCAAUUAAUCGGAAAAGGGAAAUGAGCCUCUACAAGACAUCAUAUAAUCAAGUACCUCAAGGAGACUUAUACUCACAAGAAUUAAGUGCACUUCAGAAGGCCUGUAAAAUUUUCAGCAAAAUUCAAAGUGGUAAGAUUUAUGUGAAUGAUCUGCCAAUGAUCCAUCAUACCUUGAAGAUUUCUAUAAGUGAUUCAGAAAUGCGAAAGGCACUAAAGACUAUUGAUAUUGAUGCAUUCCAAAAUGCCUUGAAGAUUUUCUGUAGGAUAAAAAGUGGUCGAGUUGCAACUGAUGAACUGGCUGCUGUUUUGGAUAGCAUGGAUAUCCGUGUAAUCCCUGAAACUUUUCAGGAAGUGAUAAAACAUGCUAGUAUAGACAGUAACCACAGGGUGGAUAUUAGAGAUAUUAUAUUUACUUUGGAUGAACUACAGCACCAGUAUGAGGAUUUUUCAAUUAUGGAAUGGUCAGGCUUGGAUGAAUCUCCUUCUAACAGAAAGUUAUCAAAUAUAUCAGAAUGCUAUCUACAAUAUAGGAAGAAAAGCACUUUAUCUUCCAGAGUGUUUGAACCAUCAUUAUUCCCAAAGUUAAAUAAAAAAAACCUCCAACAUCAUAAAAUUAUGGAGGACAAUGAUUACCUUGAAUUUAAAAGAUCAAAAAAUCCUUCGCAAAUAAAAAAAUUCCUAAAUGGGGUUGAUAGCAGUAAUAUAGGAUUCCAGGAACCAUAUCCAAAGGAUGGCAUAAACUUUAAGAAAUAUUCAGAGAAGAUUGAAAUUCAUGACUCAAAGUCUAUACCACAUAACUUGAAGAGUAUUACAAGCCUCAAAAAGUCUCUGGAUGAAAGUGAUACUUUUAGUAUCCCCAAACUUCAGAAGCCAACUGUGAGAAGGCAUUCCAGCCCCCUAAAACAGGUUUCAUUUAAGGAAAAAGCUACAACGAAUGCUCUGGAAAAUAUCUGUGAAGCUAUCAGUAAACUCCAAGAAAAUUACAUUGCUGCAGAAGAACUUAAGUCUAUUUUGCCUUCACUAGGAAUUACUUUAUCAGACAAAGUGUUCAAGAAGAUUGUGACAGACACUACUCAAAAUGAAAGUGGAAUGGUGAACUUAGAUGACUUUAUGAAUGCUCUCGCCAUAGACCAAAGUCUUCCUGAAUAUCAUGUGUUGACUGAUAUCAUUAAAGCCAUUGAUAAAAUUAAAGAUGAAAAUAUGGACUGUGAGGAUCUGAAUACUUGUCUUCAGGGUUUUGGAGUUUACCUUUCUAAGCCAGAAUUUGAAAAGAUCACAGAGUUGACUGAAGCUAAUGAAACAAAAAAGGCGAAUUUUAAAGAAUUCGUUGAUAUAAUGAUGACCAAUACGGAACGCUUCUCUGAAAAAUUACUAUUGCCUGAGACUAUUGAAAACCUCCACAAUCUCAGCAAAGAAAAGAUGAAUGCUUCUUACCUGUGGAACACUCUGUCCAGGAAGAAUAAUAACUUGAAAAAAAAAGAAUUCCUAGAUGCACUGAAAUUAGCAAUAAUUGAUGAAGAUGAUGAAGUACAAAUAGAAGAAUUUGGAAAAGUGGUAAAGGAUAUGCGUGAUGCCUCCAGGUUAAAAGAGUUACAGGACAUUGUCUUAGCUCUUGAUGUGCUUGAAGGUGACAUGAUACCUGGGAAGAACUUGGAGAGCUUUCUAAGAAAUAUUGGGAUUAAGUCACCUGAAGAAGAGAUAGAGAAAAUUCUUCAAUCAGAUUUUGUUUCUGACGACAACAUGGUGAAUGUUAAAGACUGUAUGAAGGCUUUGAAGGACAACCAGAAAUUUUCCAAUUUUCUUGAUUUUAGGAAAGAAGCUUUGUCUUCAAAUCUGAGACUACCAAAAGCAGAUGCUACACAGCUACUCUUAGCUACUACCCCAAUUCUCCAGAAUGAUCUAAUUGAUGCCUCUGAACUCAAAGCAUUAUUGAUGAACAAUGACUUUUAUGCAGCUAAUGUUUUACUUAAUGAAGUGUUAAGACAUGAACCUGAACCUGAAAAUGGCAAGAUUACCAUUCAAGAAUUUUUAACUAAGUUCUGUAAUACAUUGAGAAUUCCUAAAGUCACAGGUGAGUUUUACUUAAUAUGUAUCCACUGCCUAUGUCUGGAAGGACAGGCAGUGGUUUUCAGUAAGAUAACACAGGAACAGAUAGUUAAAACACAGGUGAGUAAGAAACAAUAGAAGAUAAAACAAUACAAUAUUGGGUUAUAUAAUUUUUGUCCAGAUUAUAUGGCAAAGACUGCUCAGCUUUCCCCAAACUCAGAAUUGUGGGUAGUUUUACUCUAG